CUUUUUCUUAUCGACAACUUCAUUUACUUUAGUAUUUUUCACCCAUCAUUGCACAUUGCACCUUGCAUACUCCAUAUACACUCUAUACAUGGUCUAUUCGGUGAGAGAGAAAUUUGAUAAAACUGUAUGUACCACCAGAUCAAAAUCCUUGUCAAGCCGCUAAAUACUCAGAUCAAUCUCCGCAUCCCAUCCAUUCUAUCCCAUUAUUCUAUCCAUCCCGUUUCAUCCCAGAGUGAUCCCAUAGUGAUCCCAAUCUCCAUCAGUCCAGUCAGUGCUCCAAAUAAAUCAAUUCAAUUCAAAUCCAUCAUAUCUACUAACCUUACCAGACAGACCUAGACACCUGGUGCACCCAGAUAUCUAUCUAGUAGUCUAGUAGUCUAGUACUCUAGUACCCUCCUCCACCAGUGCUCCUACCUUACCUACUACUUAAUACGCCCUGUUGAUCUCCGACCCGAGCCCUUUUUAAACUCGAAAUUACUUUUUCCUGCCACCAAAGAAAAAAGUCCCUCCUCUUCCUGACCACACCCCCCUCCCCAACCCCAGCCUCCAACUACUAAAACCUUUUGGGUCUUAUUUGUUGUGCAGGAAGGAAUAUACUCCGUACAGCGUGUCAACAAUUUUACUGAUUUGAUUGUUUGAUUGAUUGAUUGAUUGAUUGAUUGAACGAUCGAUUGACCGAUUGAUUGACCGUACAUCAAUCCAUAUCCACGAUUUGAGGUCAGUUCACUUACUCCACCCCGCAUUAUUUUAAAACAAUAGCAAGAGUUAGAAACUUUUUAAAAUCUCCUUGACUAUUUAUUAUUUAUCUUGAUCUUGCGCAAUCGCCUCUUCUUAAGAGGGCGGGGGGGCCUGUGUGCGCCUCGAUCAAGACUUGUUACCUGAGCUCACCUCGGCUCUGCAUCGUGUAAACAACAAGAACAAGUUUGGAGAGAGCUUGUUGUUUCUUCUCCUCAUUUCUUCAACUUCCGAUAUUACCGUUAUUUCGAACAAGUCGCAUUCACGAGCUUUUAUACUGAUAAGUUGUUCGUUCCUACAGUCUCCGAGGGUUUGAAUGACCUCUCACCCAUCACAAUGUCGGUCAAAUUCGAGAAAGAUACCAUAAAAACCACCGGUCCUCUUGCAGGUAUACAAGGCGUUCCAGCGAUCGAUGUUAAAGAUGUUCAUCAUCAUCAUCAUCACCAUCUACCAGGUCACCACUUAAGACACAAUGUCGGUGUCGCAUUAACUGGAGGAAAAGCCAAUGAAGGAGCACCAGGAUACUUAUCUGUAAGCCAUUGAUCUUGGAAAUCAUUCAUGGCGCAACCAGAUCGCUCACUCACUAAUCAUGUUAUGUUUGAAUAGCUGUACCUCAAAGAAUUACAAACUAAUCCUCUUCGUACGAAAAUGCUCACGUCUGGCACAUUAUCGGCUUUACAAGAACUUUUGGCCUCGUGGAUCGCUAAGGAUCGUAAUAAGCAGGGUCAUUAUUUCACGUCUCGAGUUCCCAAAAUGGCUGCAUAUGGUGCUUUUAUUAGUGCUCCUCUAGGCCAUGUAUUGAUCAGUAUUUUGCAAAGGAUUUUUGCUGGACGUACGAGUUUGAAAGCCAAGGUUCUUCAAAUUCUGUUGAGCAAUUUAGUGGUAGGUUCAGCUCGUCUGUUUUUAUCAUGUAAAAAAAGCUGACAAUAGAUCAAUAAAAGGUUGCUCCUAUACAAAAUACCGUGUAUUUGUACUCAAUGGCACUUAUUGCAGGCGCAAAGACCAUUCAUCAGGUACAUGCAACUUGGAGAGCUGGUUUUAUGCCAGUUAUGAGAGUCAGCUGGAUCACUUCCCCUCUCGCUCUUGCUUUCGCACAAAAGUUCCUUCCUGAGCACACUUGGGUUCCAUUCUUCAAUAUCAUUGCCUUCACAAUCGGUACAUAUGUGAAUGCGAACACAAAAAAGAAGCGUCUCGCAGCUCUUCGCAAGAGACACCACGAUGAAGCUAGAGGAGGAAGAUCUGACGACUACCCUGGCCCACGUAAUGGACCAGGAAACCAAAUGGGAGGCCCAGGACCAAAACGCGAAUACUAAUUUAACGAAGGGACGGAUGGGAAGGGGGUCAUUAAGAUGAAAUAGCACAGCAUGAAUCAAAUCCGGCUGUGCUUAUUGUCACAAAUUUUUCCUUAUCAUAAUGUAUUUUCGGUUCACGGAUCUUAAUUUGGCACGAGGUCAAAUUUACUGGUUAUGGGUGGCGACCGCUUGCAGAUAUCCUGUGGUCCAUGCGAGGCCUUGCUUGCUCUUUUUUCGGGGGGGACAAUACCACGUAAAAAGCCUCACCUCACCUGUUGUAUAGUUUUUACGAUUUCAUUGGUUAUAAGUAGAAAUGAAUGAGCGUUUGCUUGUCAAUCUC